AUGGAGCUAAGUGUGAAGUCUCUGUUCCCCUGCUUCUUUAGGCAAAAGCCGCAAGAGCCCUGGAAGGAAAUCGAAGAAGAGGCGGAGCGAAUAGAAAAGUUUCCAUCAUGGGAUUCCUCAGAUGAAAACCCGCUCAUGAUGGAGGCUUUUGAAUGGUACGUGCCGCACGAUGGUCGCCAUUGGCAGCGUUUGCAGCAAGCACUUGGUGAUUUAAAAGAAAUUGGGGUCGACAAUCUUCUUUUGCCGCCGGGGUGUAAAGCCAUGAAUCCCGCGGGGAACGGGUACGACAUUUAUGACCUGUACGAUCUCGGGGAAUUCGACCAAAAAGACAGUGUGGCAACAAAAUGGGGCACGAAAGAAGAACUGUCGAGUCUAGCAAAAGCGGCCCAGAUGCUGGAUAUGGGAAUUAUUUGGGAUGCUGUCCUGAAUCACAAAGCCGGCGCAGACGAUGGAGAAAAGUGUCUUGCUGUGACAGUUGAUCCUCAUGAUCGAAACCUCGACCUCACAAAACCCGAAGAAAUCAAAGCAUGGGUAGGCUUUGAGUUUUCUGGUCGUGGAGAGACAUACAGCAAGAUGAAGUACCACUGGCAACACUUCAACGGCACAGACUACGAUGAGCUAGACAAGAAAAAUGGGAUCUACAAAAUAUUUGCACCGGGAAAGGAUUGGGCAAAAGACGUUAGCACGGAAAACGGCAAUUAUGACUAUCUUAUGUUUGCCAAUCUCGACCACUCCAACCCGGAAGUGAAGCAGGAUAUUCUGAACUGGAUAGACUGGAUUGGUCAUCAAUUACCGCUGGCCGGCAUGAGACUUGACGCAGCAAAGCAUUAUUCGUCUGGAUUUCAAAUGACCUUGGUAGACCACGCUCGACAAAAGUUUGGGAAGGAUUGGUUUGUCGUGAGCGAGUUUUGGUCAGGAAAGAUGACCGAGCUGAAAAAGUAUAUGGAAGACAUGGAAGAAAGAGUGCAUCUUUUUGAUGCGCCGCUUUGCAACCGACUGUCUGCUAUUUCUCAAACGCGGGGAGGCGAUUUGCGUUUGAUCCUUGACAAUACAUUGGUGGACUAUAAGCCAGAGCAAGCAGUGACAUUUGUCAUGAACCACGAUACUCAACCAUCACAAGCCCUAGAGGCUCCAAUAGCGCCAUUUUUCAAACCAAUUGCCUACGCCCUCAUUCUCCUUCGCAAACAAGGCUACCCCUGCAUCUUUUAUGGUGAUUUAUACGGUAUUUCAAGUGGUGGUAAAAAGAGCCCACCCAUUCCUCCCUCCUGUGAAGGCCGUCUUCCAACUUUAGCUCUCGCACGAAAGCUUUAUGCCUACGGUGAACAGCGAGACUACUUUUCUGACAAAAACUGCAUUGGUUUCGUGCGAUAUGGUAAUGCCCGCCAUCCUUGGGGCAUGGCUUGUGUGAUGAGCAAUGGGCUAUCGGCCAAAAAGAAGAUGUUUGUUGGGAAGAGACACGCCGGCGAGAAAUGGACGGAUGUGUUGGAGGGUUGUACUACUAAUAAUACCAUCAACCAACCGACAAUCACAAUUGACUCAAAGGGUUAUGGUAACUUCCCAGUCUUGGAGAUGAGUGUUAGUGUCUGGGUUAAUGCUCGAGCCGAUGGAAGAGAGAGGUUUGACCGGCAUUUGUGA